AUGAAGCUCGAACUAGUCAACACCGUUCUCGGACUCGUGCUCCUUUCUGGACAAGCCCUGAGCUCCCCACUCGAGCAGCAGCAGCAGCAGCAGCAGCAGCAGCAGCAACCCCCGGAUGAGCUGUCCACGCUCGAGCCUCUGUCGGCCUGCGAGCAGGGCGACUGCCCGGACAACAGCUUCGGGCUCGACCUACUGAGCACCAGGGACUUACUUGGAUGGCGCUAUAUCCUCCGAUGGCAGGGCCGCUGCGGCUGCUCCACCUGGGACGUCUCGGAGGACGGCUGCGCCGUCAUCACCCCCUGCGGCGUGUCGCACCGCGUGUGCCUCGACUGGCGCAGCCGCCGCGGGCACUGGAUCGACGACGGCGGCCGCAAGACGUGCUACUCCAUCGACCAUGGCUAUGUCUGCGCCAACGAAAAGUGGGAGGCGUGGCCGACGGCUGAGGUUACGUGCAGCUGGUGA